AUGACGCGCCCUCGAAGCGCUGAGCAAAAGUCAGCGCGCGAAGAAAGAUUUGCGUCGCAAUCUUGGGAGGCUCUGCGCGAGUCUGGUUACCCUGUUUACGACAUUGCACGAGAUUACGCCGAUGUGUUCCCGGACAAGAUUCCGGCCGAACUCCCUGCCGAUCGUGGCGUGCGGCACAAAAUUGAUCUCGUGCCAGGAUCGAAAUAUUGUGUAACACGCCAGUGGCCGUUGCCUCGAGACCAAGUCGAGGCUAUUGAUGCAUUCUUCGAAGGUCGUCGCAAGGCCGGUCAUGUGCGUGAGAGUGUCUCACCCCAUUCGAGCCCAACCUUCUGCGUGAAGAAGGCUACGGGAGGCUGGCGUAUAGUGCAUGCGUUUAACAAGCUCAACGAUGCCACUAUUCCUGCCCAAACGCCUAUCCCCAGGAAAGAUAUGGUUCUAAACUCCAUGUCAGGUAGCGUCAUCUUCAGCACCAUCGAUCUGAUCGAUGGCUUCUACCAGAUUGUGAUGCGACAGAGUGACGUACCACUCACUGCGGUGAGUACCCCGAGUGGUAUGCUAUGGGAGUGGCUGUUGAUGCCACAAGGAUUGAAGAACGCACCAGCCACUUUCAGUCGCAUGGUAUCUCAAGUGUUGAGACCGCUUCGAGACUUUGCUCCUAGCUACUUCGAUGACAUUUUUGUCCACAGUCGCGCUGAGGGCAACCUCAGUGCUGUCCAAGUUCACCUUCAACACCUGAAGCAGGUGUUUCAAGUCAUGCGAGAUAACAAGUUAUAUGCAAACUUGAAAAAAUGUGUAUUCUGUGCAUCGGAGAUUCCGGUGCUGGGCUGCUACGUGAGUAAAUCGGGUGUUCGAGCCGAUCCAGAGAAGGUGUCGUAA